AUGAUCCAGCCUGGCUUGGAACGGAUCAGCCAGCUCUUGAACAAUGUCCAGUUCCCGUGGAGGGCAAUCCAUGUCGCCGGCACCAAUGGCAAGGGCUCCAUCUGUCAUUACGCUGCCACCCUCAUCGUGCGCCGCAAAAUCAAGUGCGGUAAAUUCACCUCUCCACACCUCAUAGACAGAUGGGACUGCAUCUCCAUCGACAACCAGCCCGUAGACGAGGCGCUCUUUCGGAAGACGGAGCAGCACUACCUCGACCUCAGCCUGAAAAAUGGCAUCAAUGCCUCUCCGUUUGAGAUCUUGACUGCUACCGCUUUCGACAUCUUCAAUCAAGAGCAAGUCGAGAUUGGUGUGGUCGAAGUUGGCAUGGGUGGCAAGCACGACGCCACCAACAUUCUGAACAACCAAGCAAUCUCCGUCAUAUCCAAAAUCGCCCGUGACCACCAAGACUUUCUGGGUAACACUCUAGAGGAAAUUGCCCUACACAAGGCUGGCAUCCUUAGACCCCGGGUGCCGUACAUCAUCAACCCGAGCAGUGAGCGGAAUGUCCAAGGCACAAUCCAAGCAUACGCAAAAAGUAUCGGCGCUGGUCUACGACUCGACCAUAACCCGCCGGACCUUCGUAAAGCCCUGUUCAAAAAACAUGACUGGCUGGAGUUCACUAGACAUCUGCCACUGGUUCAACGUGAGAAUGCAACCUUGGCUGCCAUUGCUGCUAGGCAAGCUCUCAGGAGGUUAGGGCUUUACUUCAGGCCUUUUGACAUUGGGCGCAUGCUUUACAAGUCCCGCAUAGUUCCGAAUCGUGGCCGUAUGCAACUGGUUAGAGUCCCGCCCAUCUUUGGCGAUUAUCCGCAACAUAAAGGACGCAAUAUUUUAGUCGACGGUGCCCACAACCCUGAUGCUGCGAAAUCGCUCAGCGGUUAUGUUCAAACGGUCCUCAGAGAUAGCGCAAUACCUGGCGUUGGCUUUCCGCCUCGAGGAGGAUGGCCAGUUACCUGGGUACUUGCCAUGACUGAAGGCAAAGAUGCACAAGAGUACCUCCAGACACUACUGCAGCCAGGAGACAAUGUCAUCACGACUUCAUUUGGCCCUGUGGACGGCAUGCCAUGGGUAAAACCAAUGGACCCACAGCACCUGCUUGAAAUAGCAUAUCGUGUGCAACCUCGCAUUACAGGGCUAGCGAUACCGGAAGGUGGUGCAUUUCGAGCACUGUGCGCAGCCAAAUUCAUGACUGAAAAAGGCCGACCUAUAGUGCUGACGGGCAGUUUGUACCUCGUCGGCGACUUCCACCGCGACUUGCGCUCCCAUAAUAGCAACCAUUUUUGGACAGACCCAGAGUUUGCGCAAGAACGUGACGCAAUGAAGACAAUGCUGAAUGUGGAGAGGUCCAGAGUUAAUCGCUCACUCAAUCCUGGUCUCUCAGAUGAAGUCGGUCGGACUAGCGGCAAGGGUGAGAAGAGGAACACGGAAUGGAACAGGCAAAUCUCUGACCGAGAAAAGAAGAGAGCUAUACAAGGAGAGUUAGAAAGGCUUGAACGAGAAAUGGAGCUUCUUGCAGCUGAAAUGCCGGGUAUUGGGCAUCGACAAGUCUCAAACGCCAAGGUUUCCAGCGAGUCAACUAGUUCCACGGAAUCUAGUAAAGACCAAACCGAGUCUGUAGCCGAGGAAACACCCAUAGCCAAAGAUGAAGCACGCAUUGUGCCCAUACAACCGAAUAAGACCAUAGAGUAG